AUACUGCAGCUGGAGUUCGUUUCUCCGUCGGUCUUUCCCAAACCGAGAAUUUACCAGGAUACAUGCUCUCUCGGACUAUUUCGGAAAGUGCAGAAUACAAUAGCGUGUAAAGAUUAUUUUCUCUGUGAAGCAGAGUGAAAACUAUAUUACCCGCCAAUUAGGCUCUUUCCAAAGUCGCUUAUUCGCUAUCCAAGUCGGAGAGAAAUUGUUCGGAAAGGAUAGGAGGGGUGGAAGAGGAGGCCCGUUUUUGAGCUGAUGCAGGCACUAUGGCCAUAGUUGGGGCAUGGGAGUGACGUGACAGCACGGACACAGCUUCCGAUACACAACCCCCACCAACACCACCACCAUGCUCUUCCCACUGAAGUAGAAGCAAAGCUUAGAGGUGGAGACAGAAAGAAUGGACGAGUCGGUGCUGUUGGACUUGCUGGAGUGCCCAGUGUGUUUGGAGCGGCUGGAUGCCACAGCCAAGGUCCUCCCUUGCCAGCACACCUUCUGCAGGCGCUGCCUCCAGGGCAUUCUGGGCUCCCGGGGAGAGCUGCGCUGCCCAGAGUGCCGCACGCUGGUGGAGUGUGCUGUGGACGAGCUGCCCAGCAACAUCCUCCUGGUGCGCCUGCUGGACGGCAUCAAACAGAGGCCCCGCCGGGCGGGCCCUGUAGCUGGAGUCUGCGCCAAUGGCACAGUUGGCGUCAGGGUGCAGGGCAACGGGCCCAGAGACCCAGGAGCACAGCCCCAGAGAGCCCAGGCCAAGAGCACCCCAGUGAGGGGUGUACCCCAGCUGGCCUGUGCCAAGGCCCUGUACAACUACGAUGGAAAGGAACCUGGGGACCUCAAGUUCAGUAAGGGUGACAUCAUCAUCCUGCGACGCCAGGUGGAUGAGAAUUGGUACCAUGGAGAGAUGGGCGGAGUCCACGGCUUCUUCCCCACCAACUUUGUCCAGAUCAUCAAGCCGCUGCCGCAGCCCCCGCCACAGUGCAAGGCCCUCUACGACUUUGAGCUGAAAGACAAGGAGGCAGACAAGGACUGCCUGCCCUUCACUAAGGAUGAUAUUCUGACUGUGAUUCGCAGAGUGGACGAAAACUGGGCAGAGGGAAUGCUGGGGGAUAAAAUUGGAAUCUUCCCCAUAUCAUAUGUUGAGUUUAACACUGCAGCCCGUCAGCUGAUUGAGUUGGACAAGCCUGGUGACUCCAGUGGGGACUCUGGCGAGGGGGCCUCGUCGGGCCCCCAGAGUAACGGUGGCCCCCACCGUGCCGGGGAGAAGAAGAACAGUAAGAAGCGACACUCGUUCACAUCCCUCACCAUGUCCCACAAGCCCUGUCUGGCCCCGCCCCCCCAGAGACACUCCAUGGAGAUCAGUGGGCCCGUCCUCAUCAGCUCCUCCAACCCCACGGCAGCCGCACGAAUCGGAGAGAUCAGUGGAGGACUGUCCUGCAGUGCACCCUCACAGGUACACAUCUGUACAACUGGACUCCUCGUGACCCCUCCCCCCAGCAGUCCUGUUACUACGGCAACCGUCUUCACAUUUCCCCCAGAGACCAGUUAUGCAUCCAUCCCCGUGGAUGCUCUCCCUCCUCCCCCACCACCUCCCCCACAAUCUUCAGCGCUGGGAGCAGCCUCCUCAUUGGCUGCCGGUCAGAGACCUUCCCCCAGCACAAGCGACCAGAGUGGGAGACAAAGACCCACAGUCUACGUGGCCCUGUUUCCCUACACCCCCCGUAAGGAGGAUGAGCUGGAGCUGAGGAAGGGAGAGAUGUUCCUGGUGCUGGAGCGCUGUCAGGACGGAUGGUUCAAAGGCACCUCCAUGCACACUGGCAAAAUAGGAGUGUUCCCCGGCAACUACAUGAGCCCCGUCAGCAGAACGGCAUCAGGCAGCACCCAGCCCAAAGUGCCCCUGACUCUGUGCACCCAGGCUGGGCGAGGGGUCACCAUCGUCAGCCCCUCCUCCACUUCUCUGGGGGCCAUCGUUCCAGGGCCUGACUUCAACAAGCCCCUCCCCAUCUGUCCCGGCUCUGCCCCCUCCAGCCCCUUACCUGCUGCCAUGGUGUCGGCUGCUCACGUGGCGACCGGACAGGCCAAGGUUCUCAUGCACAUGACCUCCCAGAUGACUGUUAACCAGGCACGCAAUGCUGUCAGGACAGCAGCCUGCAACAGUCAGGACAGGCCCACCGCUGCUGUGACACCCAUCCAGUCCCAGAACUCUGUAGCCUUUCUGCCCCACCUGGCUAUGUGCCAGUCCCAGCCCCCCUCCUCCAACCCUGCCCAGGGCUGUGUCCGUGCCGGUGUGGCACUGAGCUGUGCAGCCGCCUCCCUCACCCCGCCCAACGUCAGUGCCGCCUCGCUGGAUCGUGAUGCCCUGCGACCAGUGGCGGACCUCACCAUGCCCGUCGCCCCAGGCAACGGCAACUCCACGUCAGCGAAUUCCUCCCUCGCCUGUCGGCUAGACAAGGACGGCAAGAGGGAGAAGAAAGGUCUUCUGAAGCUGUUGUCGUCUAACAAGAAGAAGUCUCGCCCUUCUCCCCCCUCCUCCCCCACCCUGGAGGCAGAGCAGGCUGCUACAGGGGAGGUCUUCCAAAGGGCCAUGGGCCCCGACACCGCCCCGUCCCCCUUGCUGUCCUCCACCCCCGUUGGCGUGGGUAACCAUGGCCGUCCAGUCCCCUUCCCCGUGGAGCCUGAGCCUACUUUAGCCACCCCAUACACUUCAUCCUCAGCCCCAGAGUUAACACACCGUAAGAGCAGCCCCCUGGACGGCUGUGCCCCCAUCGCCCCGCCUCCUCGUCAGGCAUGCUCCUCGCUCAUCUCCCAGCAGCACGACGCUCGGCCAAUCAUAUGCGAGAGGUACAGAGUGGUGGAGUCCUACCCCCCUCAGAGUGAGGCAGAGCUGGAGCUGAAGGAGGGAGACAUAGUGUUUGUCCACAGGAAGAGAGAGGACGGCUGGUUCAAAGGAACACUCCAGAGGAACGGCAGGACCGGACUGUUUCCUGGCAGCUUCGUAGACAUCAUCUGACUGACCGUCUGACUCACACUGGACCACAGUGGACCGACCGUGACCUGACCACACCAUGAACUGACCAUCAAUGGAACCACAUCAAUGGAACCACUUUGUUGUUGCCUUGUUUUAGGGUCAAACUGCGAGCCAACCAGAUCAGGUUGCUAGGGACAGUAACAUCAGAUGGAUACAUACACAACCUUAGAAGAGGUCUUCAAAGCACAGAGGAGGAGAAUGAUGAAAUAGUUUCGACAGAGGAGAGGAGAUGACUGGAGGACAAGCACACUACUCAUGUUGAUUUUCUUUUUGUCAGUUAUUUAUAUCUGUAACAAUUCAAAACGUUAAAUGUGUGCAUUGUACUGUUCCUCACUUUAUUAUAUGUAAGAAACCAUAUGAACUGUUAAUAGAUGGAAAUAUGACAUUGUAACUUAUUUUUUAGUUUUAGUCUUUCGUUGUGUUUAGGGUUUCAGUUGGCGCCUGCCUUAUGACACAUUUCCUACAUCACUUUGUGCUCGUCUCUUAUUGGCUCCGGUGCUGUAUGUUAGUACUGCACUGCGUCUCCAAUGAUUGGCUGUUAAGAGCAAACAAACAAUACAGCAGAUUGGAGGAGAAUGAGUGAUGUCAUCAUCAGCACAUACAGUGUAGCAAGAAAAGGGGUAGAGGUGGGCCCAAUUCCAAUCUGAUCUCUUGAGCCUAUUCUUCUAUUGACUGGAAGGCAUCAGCUAAAUGGCAGUAGCUCCAUACCCUCUGGUUGGGUAGUUUGAGUUUCUGACUUACUGCAAACACUUAGUCUUCUAGUCAUUUGAGAUCCAUGAGAGGCAAAUGACUUCUUUGGAAUUGGGCUCUGGACCUCUCUCCAACAAUGGAAUUUGCACAACCUCUUCCUGUAUCCCUUGGACCCUUGGUGCCCCAAACUGGGUUCUCCUUGGGCUCCAGUACCCCUUAAUUGGAGAGCGAGACAUCUUGGUAAAAUUAGUCUGCUGUUGAUGCUCUGAUGAAGGGCGAGGUUAUCAAAACGUUCCCUUAAAGUUAGGAAAACAGUCUGCUGUUGAUGUACAUUAUUAGGUACUGGGAGAAGGAUUUUAUGUUCUUGCCUUUAUUGAUGUGUUAAAACUAAGAAACACUCCAUAGAUCUUGCAAACAAAUGUUACUUACUGUAUAUUCUUCCAUGUGUACUUAUUGAACAUCGUAGCUGCUCCCCCACUCCCCUAAGUAGACUAACAUUAUCGGACAUAGCUCUAGAUCUCAAGUGAGCGACAGACAUCACAUACUGUACAGUAAACGUGCUACGACUCUGAUAGCUACAUUUUAAUAAUAUAUUGAUAUUUAUAUCCACAUGGAUCUAUACAACACCAGAUGCUCUGGACCGUGUCUCCUACAGCAUGGAGAUGCAGCAAGACAUCUGACAGAACUGAUCUAUGUUUGACCUUCAGAGGUUCUCAACCCUCAUUUCAAUUAUUCAUUCGUUCCUAACGGGUCUUUUCUCUACAAGACAAAACACUGCUUACUUAUAAAGCAUAGACUGUUUUCCUAAUGUAACAUAUCAUUGAUAUCGCUCAUCCAAUACAAGCUAGUGUAUUUCUCCUUGAAGUUGCGAGAUUAGGUUUUUUAAUACCGAUCCAUGACUUGGACCCCGUUGAUUCUUGGUUUUAAGCUGUACAGUGCAUCUAUACAAUGUGUCUGAUGUUAAGUGUUCUAUAGACUUGAAUAUAAUUUGUGUGUGGUUGGUUAGAUGGGGUUUUGGUACCAGUUUUGUUGUUUUCUGUUUGUUUCAAAGCACAAAAAAGAGUACGGUGUGAUUUGAGUGGGUUUAGAGGAUGUGAAACCUCAGAGCCUUGGCUCCUACUUAUUUUCAACUCCUUUCAUUUCAAAAUAAUCCAGUGGGGGCGAAAUGGCGCUCUUAACUCUCCCUCCCCCUCGUCCUCCUCCCUGGGCCUUCAGUCAUGGUAAUGAGAUUGACAGCACUGCUAGUAACGAAGACAGAAAAAUCAGGCGCACAUAAUGAGCCAUUGAUUUGAUCCAAUCUCAUAUUUGUUUGCAGUGGAGAACAGUUUAAAUUGGAUUAUAUUAGUCAAUGAUGGACAGUAAGUGGCUGUUCUAUUGUUCGUGUGCUGUGAGGGACGUCUGCCUACCUUCACUAUAGCACACCAGGUAGACACCAAGAGGCUUACGUCCUGGGUUUAUUCCUGCUGCAGCCUCUCCUAUCAGAUGCUGUGGUGCAGUAUCAACAGCUAAUGCUUCUGUCUAAAUGACAGAUUUCAUCUUUAGGCACUAAUCCACCCCUACAAGAGGUUUGCUCUUAGCAAGUGGGUAUCAACUGCAGUAAAUCUGAAGGGAUUUGGGGGGUCAAAUUAAACAUUUAAAGGUUGAGGACAUUCUAAACACCAGAUGGUGCUACAUUUUGGACCUGAGGGGAAUGUAAGUGACUGAAUUUUUCUGACAUUUUCCAAAGCGCGUUUGUUUGAGUGGGUGUUUGUGUCAGGCAGAGUAACGGGGACCACUGUGUGACUGACUUCUGAAUAUGUUGUUUUGAUAUGACGUUUUGAGUGGUGGGUGGAGGCUGUAUAAAGUGGUACGAAACACUGUUCAGACCUGUUUGCUUCUCAAUUUGCUUGUGUAGAAUUAACCUAAUGUUCCACUGUUGUCUUGGCAUUCACCAUCUCCACCUCACCUCUAGUGCUGAACUGGGUUUUGCUUAAUGAUGAGCCUUUUUUUCAAACACACACACCAUACAUUUACACUUACUGUACCAUCAGUAUAUACCGUAGUCAUUUUAGUCAUAUUUAUUUUCAUAUCUAUAGUUGGAUGAUCAAAUAAUGCUAAUUUUCUUUACAUUCUCUGACUGUCAAGAACAACCGAACCAGUUGGCUUCGGUGUUCCUGUGAACAUGUUUUUGCUGUAAUCUCAUGCCUUGUUGGAACACAAGGUAGCACUAAAGUUAGCUUUAUUAAACUAAACAGAUUCUCCUUAUGGAAAGGUGAUCUUACUUGAUUUUUUUCGGUUAUAGUUAUUUUUAUAUAGUUAAGUCUGAUCAUGGAGAAAUUAGCAUCCACUUGUUAUUUGGCAAAAUACUAUGUGCAAAACAUUCUUAAGUAUCGAAGGGAAUAGCACAUUUUGUAAACAUGACUAUAACAAUAAAAGCUAAUGGUUUC